AUGGAGUACGGCCUUCCGCCGACGGGUGGCUGGGGCUGCGGCGUCGACCGCAUUGCCAUGUUCUUGACCAACAAGUUCAACAUCAAGGAAGUGCUGCUGUUCCCGGCCAUGAAGCCGGACGAGCAGGUCGCCAAGCCUGCGUCGGGCGCGAUCACGACGGCCAACUUUACGAUUGAAGCUGUCGAGGCCAAGCUCCAGGGCGCGCAAACGAACUUUUUGAACGGCGCCAAGCCUUCCAAGGAAGACGCAGUUGUGUUCGAGCGCGUCAAGGUUAUCGGCAAGGACAUUCUUGCCAAGUAUCCGUUCACGCAGGCGUGGGUCGAGCUCGUUUCGCUCUUCACGAACGAGUUGCGCAACAAGUGGUAA